CACUCAUGAUGUCAGUUUCAUUGUAGUUCAAAACAAGUCAAGCCAGAGUGAAAAGCAAUAUUGCCACAGGGAAGGGAGAGGCCACCGAGCGACAGAGCUUGUCUAUUGGCUCUCAGAGUACACAUUUACUGACAAAGUGCAAAAAAAGAAUAAAGGGGAUCAUAAAAGAGUGACAGAGAGCAAGGAGAAGAGAGAAAACAGGCCUCUUCUUUGGGAAGGAUUCUGGAAAAUAUGAGUAGCUCCUUGUACUUCAUCAUACCGGCCCUAGGGGGCUAUACCCUCACAUCACUUUACUUGUUAAAGAACCCCCACAUCCUGCACAGGAAAAGAAGGACAGCUUUCCACUGCACACACAUCUCCCAUAGAGGAGGAUCCGGUGAGAGAAUAGAGAGCACCAUGGAGGCAUUCAGUCAUGCAGUGGAGCAGGGUACAGAGAUGUUGGAGAUGGACUGCCACCUUACCCGGGAUGGUCACGUGGUUGUGUCACAUGAUGAGAACCUCCUGCGACAGACGGGCCAAGAUGUCACUAUCUCUUCCUUGAGUCUAGAGGAGAUGCCUCUGUAUAAAGAGAGAAUGGAAGUUACGUUUUUUGCAGGACACUACAGCACCGGGACAGACAGGAAGUUUGCCCUAUUGGAGGAUGUGUUCAGGAAGUUUCCCAACAUGCCCAUCAACAUUGAGAUCAAAGAGGAAAACACUGUGCUGAUACAGAAGGUCUCAGACCUUGUAAAGCAAUAUGAUAGGGAGGAGAUUACCGUUUGGGCAACAGAGAACUCCAGCAUCAUGAAGAAUUGCUGUGCAAUAAACACCAACAUGCCAUACAGCUUCAGUAUUAGUCGAGGCAUGCAGCUGCUCCUCCUUUUCUACAGUGGCCUACUGCCCUUUGUACCACUAGGAGAAAGCUUCCUGCAGUUUUACCUGCCUCGUAUCAUAAACAGUGUAAACAGAGCAAGAGCAAAUACCUUUCUCACUCUCUACUGGGCAUCUAUCUAUAUCGUGCAGGACAUACAUUCCAGAGGAACGCAUACUGAAGAGCAGACUGGUUAUCUCUCUAAUAGAGAAGUUAACUAUGAGAAAGAGCCUUUUGAAACAUCUUGCAUCAAGAGGGAUUCAGGUACACUUGUUUGUUUGCAAUGAGGAGCAAGAUAUAACUGCAGCGUUUAAAACAGGAGCCACAGGAGUCAUGACAGACUAUCCCACCCUCCUGUCAAACUACCUCUCCAGACAAAGAAAUCAAGACUGACAGAAUGUAAUCAACAAUCAAAUUACUGAUCUAUAAACAAGGUGUUUUCCUGGCAGUCUGAUACACUCAUCACAUGACAUGGUUUCAUAGUGUAACGUAUUUCCUUAUUGUUGAGUGUUGCUUCUAAGUUCAUUUAUAAAAAGAUUGUCUUUGACUAAAUCUCAACCAUGGAGAUUUUGGCGUAAGAAAAAAGUUUAAAGGAUGUUCCCUACAGUUCUUGUCUUUUAAAAAUAAAUUUGGUUUGUUCUGUCUAAUAAGCAGUCAAAAUGUAAUCACACUAGAUAUACCUAUCAGAAUUAUACACGAGAGAUAUUAAAUACAAUGUUUAGUACCAUAUAAACCUAGUGUCCUAUUUGAUUAUUCCCUUCCCCUCUCCCUCAAGAAGCUUCAGCUUUUUGCCAGGCCAUCACUGAAAAUAAGAAUUUGUUCUUAAUGAUUGGUUAAAUAAAGGUUAGAUAAAAUAAAAAAUAUGAAAGACAUGGU